CGCAACGCGCGGCUCCCGCCCGAGGUUAACCGCGCGCUGUACGUGCGCAACCUCCCGUUCAAUAUCACCGCCGACGAGAUGUACGACAUCUUCGGCAAGUACGGCGCGAUCCGCCAGAUCAGGCUCGGGGACAAGCGGGACACUCGCGGCACGGCGUACGUGGUGUACGAGGACAUCUACGACGCGAAGAACGCGGUGGAUCACCUGUCGGGGUUCAACGUGGCGAACAGGUACCUCAUCGUGCUGUACUAUAACCCGGCGAAGACGGCCAAGAAACGGGAC